GUAUUUAUCGAUUUUUGUCGUUGAUAAUUCAAAGCUAUACCUGGUAAUUGACAUCCCCCAUUUGAUCUUGUAAUGGCACAUUCCGAAUCAUCGCUGGCACAUUAUCGACUUGGAGGAAACAAGAAUUGACUGUCCAUUUUUACAAACAGGGCAGCCUGCUGGCCAGAGAAGGAUGGACCCUGCUGGACUGAACUCCUGGUCAUCGUGGUCAGUCAAGAUGGAAGAUGAGGUGGGAGAACAAGACAACAGACAAGUGUUUGUUCCCAAGCCAGGUGAGUUGUCAGAUAUAGGCUGCCUGUCCCCCGGCGCUGCUACCUGCCUGCCCCUGACCAUGCUACAGAGCUCCCAGCAGAGGUUCACGGCCGACAUUAAUCACCUGGUGCAGGAAGUGAACUUUCCUCUGCGCCAGGACUCGGACUGGUCCGGCUCCAGCCACAGCUCCAGCUCACAGUUAUCAAUUGACAGUGAGUCCAGCACAGCCAGUGUGGAGGGUCCAGAUGAGCCCCAGAUAUCAUCUUCUCCAAGAGCAGUGCACAGGCAAAGGGAGAGGGACAGACACCGCAGCACGGUGGUGGCACUGCAGGAGAUGGCUGGGCUGCUGCCAGUGUCUGAGGAUGGACCGAAACAGACCAAGUGCCGUGUGUUGCAGCAGUCUAUCCAGUACAUUGACUGGCUACACACGGAACUGAAAAUGGCCUACACAAACCUGGGAAUCGAACCCUGCACCACCAGGGUCAGCCUGAAGGAUGUGUGCAGGGAGCUUGGUGUUUCUCCUGCCAUCCUCACAAUGUCACCAUCUGUGCUCAGCUAUGACUUGCACAUGCUGGCUAAACAUAUCGAGGGUAGGUGCCUUGACAAGUACUGCAGUCUAAAACAGGAGCAGGAUGCUGAUGAAGGAACCAGUGGCAGUUUCAAUCUGAAGGCAGGAAACAUGGCUGGGCUGGAUCAUCAAAACCCAGUACAGCCCCAUUGCAGAGAUGCAGACAUCCAUUGUAACACCCUAGCUGCAGAAGCAAUGAAGUCUGAAGCAAGUACUUGCCACCAAACUGAGAACAUCAAAACACCAAAGCAAUCGAAGAAGAAAUGGAUGAGCCAAGGAGCAGCUAGACCAAGACGGAAGACCAAACCAAGGAGAUGCUGCACUGAAUGUCUGGAGGACAGUACACCAAGGAGAGAUCUGGGAUGGAUGGUACAGAGGGAGAGAAGGUUGGACAGGAGUCGGCCCUUCCCCCAUGCAAGGAGAACACUCUUCAGUAGUGAAGACAACAGCAGCGUGGAGACAGCCGUUCCUGACGAUGAUGAUAUCGGUGACAGAUUCUCUGCCUUCUUCCAGCCUGACAAGUUGUGGAGUGACCCUCGUAGCUCCUCGCCACAGCAGGUAGUCCCUAUGGAUCAGGCUGAUAAGACUGAUGCUCACUUGAUGACACCAAUUGUUGCCUCUCCAGAGUUACAUCCUCCACACAAGGACUCUGUUGUCCCUGAGGCAGAAGAAAUGCCAUGCAGCAAGCUCGCCGUGGAUGAUUACAUCCAAACUUCACCAUUUGGCCGCCCAUCCUCCUGUCCACCCUGCUACUCUGCAACUAUGGCAGCUCCUCCCAAGACCUUCACCCCGCCAAUCUGGAAGAACCUGAAUGAACAAAGCAUUUUCGACACAUCCAACUCCUCGGUGGACACCCUGCAUGAUGGGAGCUUUGCUGGUCAGCUGCUGACAUCUGGGGAUGAGGCAGACAAGGAAGCAAACCAAAAGGUGCCUUCUGAAGACAGGGAUGAGGACAGGGGAUCUGGUACCAGGAGGAGGCGCUUCUCCUACGGGAGAGCUAAGAACAAGAAGAAGUGUGUGAAUGGCUUCAUCAUGUUCUGCAAGAUAGUUCGAGAGAAGCAGAAACAGAGGUACUCUGGAUAUGCAUCUACUCAGAUCAGCACCAUGAUGGGGAGGAAGUGGGCUGCCAUGUCUCCAGCAGAGAGGAAGCCCUACAAAGAUGCUGCUUAUGAAUUCAGUCUGAGGAACAACAGGAAUGUCAUAGUGCAGAAGUCUCUGCCGCAUGAUGCCUUUGACUUGACUGGUGCUCUUGGAGGCACUACUUCUUCAUCACCACUGGAUGCUGCUGGACCACUUGAUACGUCACCUGUGUCAGACGCAUGUGUCCCUGUUUCUGGGUAUGGUAUUAGAUCAAGCUGCACAGCAACUGUGACUACACUUUCGGGUGCAUCGGGUGAUGAUUCAGCUGCAGCAGAGUUGCAAGUUACAUGAGCUGAAAGCUCUAAUUUCAUAUGGUGAUGUUACAGAACUAGAUCUUUAGCUUCAUAUACUUAUUGUUGUAUGAGGACUGUUGACUACAUAUUUUCCACAGACAAGUGCCUCCCAAGAAUUGGUUUGUGACAGUUUCUACAUGGCACUACUUGUAUGUUCUAUGUAUAUGACAUGUUGGUUGGUGGUUAAGCAAGAGGUUGAAGGUUUUUUUUUAUCAUUUGCAAAGAGCUAAGAAAAAAAUAUUGCAUGCAUUUGAUCAACAUUUCCAGUUUUCAUAUUUGAAAUUACUAUUAUUACAAUUCAACUUUAUUGUGAGAUUGUCAAACAUAAAGAAUAUUGAUGUCUAAAAGUAACACCAUGAUGGAAGAAAUCUAAGGCAACUUGAGUUGGUAGCCAACUUACAAUCUUACAUGUAGGAACAUCUAAGGUUUC